GGGUUGCAGACGGAGUGACCGAGAGAGACAAAUGAGGGAGGAGGGAGAAAAAACGAAUUAAAUAUAGACAUUUUCAAUAGUUUCAAGGAUGAGAGAGGGAAGUUCAAGGCAUGCCUUUGUGAGGAUACCAUGGGUAUGCUAUCCUUGUAUGAAGCCUCAUUCCUUUCGAUAGAAGGUGAAAAUAUCUUAGAUGAAGCAAGAGAUUUCUCAAUCAAACAUCUAGAAGAUUACGUCAAGCAGAAUAAAGAUAAAAAUCUUGCUAUUAUAAUAAGUCAUUCCUUGGAGCUCCCACUGCAUUGGAGGAUGCUUAGGUCGGAAGCAAGAUGGUUCAUUAACAUAUAUAGAAGCAAACAAGACAUGAACCCUAUCUUACUUGAGCUUGCAGAAUUGGAUUUCAACAUUGUACAAGCAGCCCACCAAGAAGAUCUAAAGCAAGUGUGAAGGUGGUGGAAGAGCACAGGCCUUGCAGAGAAUUUGAGCUUUGCGAGGGAUAGACUAAUGGAGAAUUUCUUAUGGACAGUGGGAGUAAUAUUUCAGCCUCAGUUUGGAUAUUGUAGGAGAAUGUCAACAAAGGUCAAUGCACUAAUAACAACAAUAGAUGAUGUUUACGAUGUGUAUGGCACCUUGGAUGAACUUGAGCUCUUCACAGAUGCUGUUGAAAGAUGGGAUAUCAAUGCAAUAGACGAACUCCCAGAUUAUAUGAAGAUAUGCUUCAUUGCUCUUCACAAUUCAAUUAAUGAAAUGACCUUUGAUACACUCAAGGAACAAGGAUUCCAUGUCAUUCGAUAUUUUAAAAAAGCAUGGGCAGAUAUAUGUAGAUCUUAUUUGUUAGAGGCAAAGUGGUACCAUAGCGGAUAUACACUGAGCCUUCAAGAAUACAUUGAGAAUGCAUGGAUUUCAAUAUCAGCACCAACUAUACUGGUGCAUGCUUAUUUUUUUGUCACAAAUCCGAUUACAAAGGAGGCCUUGGAUUGUUUGGAAGAGUACCCCAACAUAAUCCGUUGGUCAUCAAUGAUUUUACGACUUGCAGAUGAUCUUGGAACAUCUAAGGAUGAGCUAAAAAGAGGUGAUGUUCCCAAAUCAAUCCAAUGCUACAUGAAUGAAACUGGUGCUAGUGAAGAAGAAGCUCGUGAGCACAUAAGGUUUUUGAUAAGUGCAACAUGGAAAAAGAUGAAUGAAGACCGAGCUGCAAGUUCUCCCUUCUCUGAAACAUUUAUUGAAAUUGCAUUGAACCUUGCAAGGAUGGCCCAAUGCAUGUACCAACAUGGAGAUGGACAGGGUGCUGGGAACCAUGAAACUAAGGACCGUGUAUUGUCAUUACUUAUUCAGCCCAUUCCACCAUAUAAAGAUCAAUGAGUUUAAUUAUUGAUAUAUAAAUUAAGAUACAGAUUUGAAGUUGAAAUUAUUAAUUGUACUAUAUAUUAUCUAAACCUGUAGUAAAUAUUUUUUUCCCCUUUUCCUUUGGAUGAUGUAUUUGCUAGUUUAAAGAUGUGUUGUCAAAUUUUAGUGUAAAAAUAUGUUAUAAUAAGGUUGCGUCAAUAAAAUUGGGUUGGAAUUGAGUUUUAAGUCAAUAUCUUUUUCUUUAUAAUAAUGAAGUUCUUAGUGAGACUU